CGUAGUAUAAUACAGCUAUAGUUAUCAAACCCCCGUUCCUGAUGCAUCAUUUCCACCAUUCACCAACACAAGACAACAUCAUUAGCACAAACCUCUACUUGUCCGUUUCUUCAGACCUGCACUGCACAAAGAGUUAGACUCAGCUCCAACUUCUCUAGCUUGGUUUAUAUAUAUAUAUAUAUAUAUAUAUAAACAAAGCCUCAUAUCAUCAUUUGGUUUUUCCUUUCCUUUUCAUAUCAUUCCUCUUUUAUCCCCCAUAAGAAUCAUUGUAUGGUAAAAGAUGAGGCAUUUUUAAUCCAACACGCGCUUAUUUGCUAUCACACAUAAAAAUUGUCAUAUCACCUAUUCAACUAUGAUGGACACCAUGGAAUCAUGUGUUCCCCCCGGGUUUCGGUUUCAUCCAACGGAUGAGGAGCUCGUAGGGUACUAUCUAAGGAAGAAGGUCGCGUCGCAGAAGAUUGAUCUUGAUGUUAUUAGAGACAUUGAUCUCUACAGAAUUGAGCCAUGGGAUCUCCAAGAGAGGUGUCGAAUCGGAUGUGAAGAGCAGAAUGAAUGGUAUUUCUUCAGCCACAAGGAUAAGAAGUAUCCGACUGGAACGAGGACCAACAGAGCUACCAUGGCUGGGUUUUGGAAGGCAACCGGGAGAGACAAGGCUGUGUAUGAUAAGGCAAAACUCAUCGGCAUGAGGAAAACCCUCGUUUUCUACCGAGGGCGGGCACCAAAUGGACAGAAAACUGAUUGGAUCAUGCAUGAAUACAGGCUCGAAUCCGAAGAGAACGGUCCUCCACAGGAAGAAGGAUGGGUAGUAUGCCGAGCAUUCAAGAAGCGAACGACAGGCCAAAGCAAGGGCAUUGAAGGGUGGGACACGGCCUACUUCUACGAGGAAGCAAGCGGUAUGAGCUCGGUUGUGGAUCCAAUUGAUUACGUUACAAGGCAGCCCCAGAACUUUUUAGCUCAGAGUUACAUGUGCAAGCAAGAGAUAGAAGCGGAUAAUUUGAAUUUCAUGCACUCUUCUGAUCAAUUCAUACAGCUUCCUCAGCUAGAGAGCCCAUCUCUGCCAUUAAUAAAGAGGCCAAGCUCAUCCAUAUCUCUGUUAUCAGAAAAUAAUGAGGAAGAAGAACAAAUCAUCAGAGGGUGCAACAACAGUAGUACCAACAAGAAAGUGACCGAUUGGAGAGCUCUUGACAAGUUUGUUGCUUCCCAGUUGAGUCAAGAGGACAGAUAUGAGGAUGAGGGAGUGUCAAGCUUUGGAAUGCAUAAUGAUUCGGAUACGGCGCCAUUGCUGUUCUUGCAGAGUGGUAGAGAAGAAGGGAUCAAGUUAAAUGGGUUCUUGAGUUCAAGCCCGGAUCGUGAUAUUGGAAUUUGCAUAUUUAAUAAAUGAAGAGAUCGAGUUGAAGUAAAAAAGAGGUUAUAUAUAUAUAUAUAUAUAUUGAUAUAUAUAAUUCUUGAUUUGUAAGGGUUAAAGAAUCAUGAAGACAAUAUAUAUUCUGUAAAAAUAUGGUUGUGAAUUAUAUAAUGACUACUGAGUGAAGAAAAGCCUCCU